AUGAAUCGGUCAGUCUCCUGUGUACUGAGACAACCAACCAGCAUUAAGAUGCUCUACAACCACACCGGCAGCUACCAACUCGACCGCGACAUCAGGAAGAAAGAACCUGGAAAACUAAAGACGAUUUUCAAAUCCUUACGCUACUCCAGCAAGAUGGACAUGGCCAUCCUAAUCUUGAGCAUAUUUUCUGCCAUCUGUCUUGGACUCAAUGCUCCCUUCAACCUGUACUUCCUUCUAACACCUCUUCUGACUACAUUCAUUAAAGCAGAGACUCCAGGAAAUCCAUAUCAUGUCAAUAUGACUGCAGAGAUUCCAAAGUUCAGAGGGUAUGGCUAUGGUUACUGUAUUGUUGGAGGAGCUACCUUGUUUUUUAGCAUCCUUCAGAUCAUGGCUUCUGAAAUAGCUUCUCGGAACAUAAUGACCAAAAUUAAGACUGCCUACUUAUCUAAGAUGCUGUCAAUAGAGAUUGUUUGGUAUGACAAAUCGCAAGAACAAUUUGUCACAACUGUAUCACAUGACUUACAGAAGAUGGUGGCUUUAUUUGACACAGAAAUGGCAAAUGCAAUAGAAAUGUUUUCGUUUUUCAUUUCUGGUUGCAUAGCUGGCUUCAUUGUUUCAUGGAAGGUUGCACUUUUGACACUUGUAACAAUGUUGACUGGAAUGAUGGUAACAUUCUUUAUACUCCGAGCAUCGAAAAAAGAAGGAAAAUUGCGACAACAGUGCAUUAGAAAAUGCACAAAAAUUGCUUCAGAAGUACUUGGAAACACCCGUACUGUAGUAUCAUAUGGUGGUGAAUAUGAAGAAAUUGAAAGGUACAAGAGUAAUUUAAAAAUGGCCAAUAAGUAUGGAUUAAAACAUUCUACAGCAAUAUCUGUAGGAAAAGCAUUCAACUAUUUUCAAUUUUGCAUUUGCUAUAUGGUAGCUUAUUACUUUUCUGUAAGGCUUUAUCUUUUAGAUGAUUUUGAUCCUGGCUACUUAGCGAUGGUUUUAAUUUCACAAAUAAAUUCCAUGUACAACUGCACAUACAUGCUAAGUACUAUAUCUGAUCUCAGUAUGGCCACAGAUUCAGCCUACAGAGUAAUGAGGUUUCUUGAUAAUGAGACCAACUUUAGCAAAUCUAUUAAAGAAGGCAUUGAACCUGACACAUUUAAGGCUGACAUAUCUUUUAGAAAUGUUCAAUUCUCCUAUCCAACGAACUUACAUGCAAAGGUGCUUCAUGAUCUAACAUUGGAUAUAGAGCCUGGUAAAGUAACAGCCGUUAUAGGAACUAGUGGUGCAGGAAAAAGUACGAUUGUAAGCCUAAUCUCACGCCUUUAUGAUGUUACUGCAGGGCAGAUACUUAUUGGAGGAGUAGAUAUAAAUAAACUGAAUGUCAGUUGGCUGAGAAAUCAAAUUGCUGUUGUGAGGCAGGAACCUACGCUCUUCGAUACUUCGAUAGAAGAGAACAUCAGAUAUGGGAAAACUAAUGCAUCUUUGGAAGAGAUCGUUGAAGCAGCAAAAAUUUCUUAUGCUCAUGGCUUCAUAGAGAAAUUACCUUCAGGUUAUGGUUCAAUUGUUGGAGAAGGAGGAACAAAACUUUCUGGAGGCCAGAAACAGAGGAUUGCCAUUGCAAGGGCCAUCGUCAGGAAGCCGAAAUUGCUCCUUCUUGACGAAGCUACUUCUGCACUGGAUACUCAUUCAGAAGGCAUUGUACAAGAAGCCCUUGAUAACGCCAUGCGAGGCAGGACAACCUUGAUCAUUGCACACAGAAUGUCCACAGUGAGGAAAGCUGAUGUUAUAUAUGCUAUGAAAGAAGGAUGUGUUGUGGAAAAAGGCACACACAGUGAGCUGAUGGAACUUCGAGGAUAUUACUACUCUUUAGCCAAGAUACAAGAACUUGAGGAAAAAGACAAAGUUGUUGGACUAAAUGAAGAAAGUAUUCCUAAAGAGGAACUGAUCGAAGAUGCUGUACCAUUCAAUGAGGACGAUCUUGAGAUGCCACAGAAUGAUAAAAUAAUUUGGAUGAGUAUAAAAAACUUCAAAAUGAUAGUUGUCUGGUUCUUUGCCAUUUUUUUCACCAUCACUUCAUCAACAUUUCUUCCCACUUUUCAUUACAUAUUCAGUCUCUUUUGCCAGUCGUUCACUUACACAAAAGAUGAACUGAGACACAUUGCCUUGACAGAUAUUGGUUAUCUUUUCGGAUUGGGGACCGUCACAUUUUUCUCAGUGGUUUUGUCAGGUGUGAUGUCAACUGCUGCAACUCAACUAUGGUUGCCAAAAUUACAGAAAAAAGCUUUUAAUAGAAUAGUUUCUAUGGAUAUAAGUUGGUUUGACAGAAGUGGAAAUUCUCCUAAUGAAUGCCUUGAAAUAUUGACCAGUAGUCCUACACUCAUUGAAUCAGUGGCAGGAGAUAGGGCAGCUCAAGUUGCCAUCUUCAUGCUUUCAGUACUGUUUGCCAUCGGAUAUUCAUUCCUUGUUAGUCCAAGUAUAACACUCGCAAAUUUACCAAUUUUUCUUGUCUUCUUUAUCAUCAACUGUUUGAGAUUGAAGUCAAGAGAUGCUGAUGCUCGGUCUGCCUUUCUCACAACCAGGUCAACAAAGGUAGCUACUGAAUAUGUGCAAAAUGUCAAAACAAUCCAAAUACUUAACUGUCAAAAAUAUGUAAUAAGCAGGUAUCAAGACAUGCUUGUAUGUUCUCAGAAGGAAGCAAAUGUAAGCAUUGCCUGGUAUGCAGCUGUUUACAGUUUCUCUAAGACAUUGAUACGAUGGUCAAUGGGUAUAUUAUUUAUUUAUGGAACCUAUGUUAUUGCGAAUGGCAAUGUUCGAGGAACGUCACUUAUUAGUGUUGUAUUUACUCUAAGCAUGGCAUCUUCAUUGGCUGGACCUACUUUGAUCUUGACGAGUCAGUAUCCUGCAGCCAGACAGGCGAUAAAGCAACUUUAUAGAAUUGCCUAUGCUAAAAACUCUCUCAAUACAUUGACGGAUCAAGGAAUGAAACCAGAAAUAAGUGGAAAUAUUUUAUUCCAAAAUGUGAUGUUCACUUAUCCCACAAGAGAAAAAGUACAAGUUCUCAAGGAGCUAAAUCUUAAGAUCGAAGCAGGAAAGACUGUAGCACUAGUAGGAGACUCUGGGUGCGGCAAAUCGACUAUCGUCUCACUUCUGGAGAGGUUCUAUCUUCCCAAUGAAGGGAAAAUAUUUAUCGACGGUAACGACAUCAAUGAUAUAAAUGUCAGAUAUUUAAGAAGUCAAAUGGGUCUCGUUUCACAAGAGCCUGUCUUAUUUGACAUGACAAUAAAGGAAAACAUCCUUUACGGUUCUGAAGAAAAGGUUACAAUGGACAAGAUCAUCGAAGCUGCGAAAAUAGCAAAUAUUCAUAACUUUAUAAUGAAGCUUCCUCAGGCUUAUGACACUUCAGCGGGAGAAAGAGGUUCCAAGUUAUCAGGAGGGCAGAAGCAAAGGAUCGCAAUUGCUAGAGCAGUCCUCAGGAAUCCUAAGAUAUUACUUCUGGACGAAGCUACCUCUGCACUAGAUACAGAGAAUGAGAAGGCUGUACAGAAAGCUUUGGAGAAUGCCUCAAUUGGCAGAACCACUAUUGUGAUAGCUCACAGACUGUCAACGAUCCGUAAAGCAGACAAGAUAGUGGUCAUCCAGUCCGGUGUGGUAGUAGAGGAAGGGAACCACGAACAGCUGAUGGAGAGGAGAGGCCACUAUUACCAUCUGCUUAGUAGAUAA